UUCUCCUGUCGUGCGUACUUGUCCCCUUCGUCUCUCAUCAUGUCCCGGUGCCUCGCGCUGGCUCGGUUCGCCCUCGGUGUCUCUCAGAGGAGCAACUCACGACUGAUUACCUGUGCACGCGGACUGAGCAGCCAGACUGUCUCGCGCUCCUCCACUGGAGACUUGCAGGUUGGACAGCAGCAGAGGUGGAGCAGCCGGCCCAGAGUGUGGAGCUCUCAGCGCUCCUGCCUCGGCAUCAGCCAGCAGUCGUACUACAGCACCCAGGAGGCCGAGAAAGAGCCUGAGGAGGAGCCUUUGCACACAAUCAUCAGCGAUACCGAGUCUGUACAAGGUAGCUUCUCCCAACAUGAAUUUCAGGCUGAGACGAAAAAGCUGCUGGACAUUGUCGCCAGAUCCCUGUACUCAGAGAAAGAGGUGUUCAUUAGGGAGCUGAUCUCCAACGGUAGUGACGCUCUGGAAAAACUGCGUCACAAACUGAUCACAUCAGGUGGGGAAACGGCUCCUAUGGAGAUCCACCUGCAGACUGACACUGCCAAAGGCACCUUCACCAUCCAGGAUACAGGAGUUGGGAUGAACAAAGACGAGCUGAUUGCAAACCUGGGCACUAUCGCCCGUUCUGGCUCAAAGGCAUUUUUGGAUUCUCUGCAGAACCAGGCAGAGGCCAGCAGCACCAUCAUAGGUCAGUUUGGUGUUGGAUUUUACUCGGCCUUCAUGGUGGCUGAUCGUGUGGAUGUCUACUCCCAGAUUGCUGAGCCCAGUGUUCCUGGAUACAAGUGGUCCUCAGACGGCUCUGGAGCUUUUGAAAUUGCUGAAGCCGGUGGCGUUCAACAGGGAACAAAGAUCGUACUGCACCUCAAAGACGACUGCAAGGACUUUUGCUCUGAGGACAGAGUUAAAGACGUCAUAACAAAAUACAGCAACUUUGUCAGCUUCCCGAUCUUCCUGAAUGGACGGAGGCUCAACACUCUGCAGGCCUUGUGGAUGAUGGAGCCUAAAGGGAUCAGCGACUGGCAGCAUGAGGAAUUCUACCGAUACAUUGCUCAGGCCUACGACAAGCCCCGCUACACGCUGCACUACCGCGCAGAUGCCCCCCUCAACAUCCGAAGCAUUUUCUACGUCCCUGACACGAAACCGUCCAUGUUUGACGUGAGCAGGGAGAUGGGCUCCAGUGUGGCUCUGUACAGCAGGAAGGUGCUGAUCCAGACAAAAGCCACUGACAUCCUGCCCAAGUGGCUGCGCUUCCUCCGAGGUGUGGUGGAUAGUGAGGACAUCCCCCUGAAUCUGAGCAGAGAGCUGCUGCAGGAGAGCGCCCUCAUCAGGAAGCUUCGUGACGUUUUGCAGCAGAGGGUGAUCCGCUUCCUGCUGGACCAAAGCAAGAAGGAGCCAGAGAAGUACGGCAAGUUCUUUGAGGAAUACGGCCUCUUCAUGCGAGAGGGUAUCGUCACCACCCAGGAGCAGGACAUCAAGGAGGAUAUUGCAAAGCUGCUGAGGUUUGAGUCUUCAGCUCUGCCAGCGGGCCAGCAGACCAAUCUCAUGGAGUAUUCUUCCCGCAUGAAGGCCGGCACACGUAACAUCUACUACCUGUGUGCCCCCAACCGCCAUCUCGCAGAACAAUCCCCCUACUACGAGGCCAUGAAACAGAAAGACAUGGAGGUGCUGUUCUGCUAUGAGCAGUUUGAUGAGCUGACCCUGCUCCACCUCAGGGAGUUUGACAAGAAGAAGCUGAUCUCAGCUGAGACUGACAUCGUGGUCGAUCACUACAAGGAGGAGAAGUUCGAGGAGAGCAAACCUGCCUCUGAACGUUUGACACAGGAGCAGGCGGACGACCUGAUAGCCUGGAUGAAAAAUAGUCUGGGUACCCGAGUCACCAACAUAAAGCUGACGCCGCGGCUGGACACCCACCCAGCUAUGAUCACCGUGCUUGAAAUGGGUGCUGCACGCCACUUCCUCCGCACCCAGCAGCUGGCCCGCAGCGCAGAGGAGAGGGCCCAGAUCCUGCAGCCCACACUGGAGAUCAAUGCAGGCCAUGAUCUGAUCAAGAAGAUGCAAGCAUUGAAGGACACAAACUCUGAACUGGCUGGACUGCUGCUGGAACAGAUCUAUGACAACGCCAUGAUCACAGCAGGCCUGAAUGAUGAUCCUCGGCCGAUGAUUUCCCGCCUCAACGAUCUGCUGGCAAAAGCCCUGGAGAAGCACUGAGAGCUGCGAGCAUGAACAGUGCAGACUGACAGUGGCCUGUUAGACUGAAGCAUUUACAGCAGCUGAAGGGCUUAACAAAGCUGGAGAACUGCAGUUUCUGAAGAGCACUACAGGCCUUUGUUCAUCUGGAGCCAUUAAAUUACAUCUGUUUCCCCUUCUGGAGUAUUUCAUCCCCGCCAACGGAGAGCACAAAAAGGCUUUAAAACAAAAACAUGGAGGGAAGAUGAACUGUUAGCAGCCUCCUAGAGAUCUUUGCCAUAAAGACUAAAUGUCCUCACGCUUUGGUGAUUAUAUUUGGAUGACUAUGUGCCAUAAACAGGUCUGACUUGAAGUUUGUGGUUACACGUGUCACCUCAAUGUGACUUUCACACUCUGAUCAUACCUUUUCUCAUGACCAGAUACAAUAAAAUAAACUUUCAGGCCACAUCUUGAAUAGUCUGGAUGCAAAUCAGCCACAAACAAUGUAGAGAUGAUGAGGUUAAGUGAGAAUAAGUCAUUCAGUUGCAUUAAAACAGAGACAUGUAGAAGUAAAACAAUCUGAUCUCCUGAACUGCAUUUGAAAAUCCUGUUAUUCUAAAAUGUGGAGUUAGCGCUUUGAAGAUGUGAGAAUGGUGGUCAAACUCAUCAUGAUGCAGUUACAAAUGUAAGACGUCCUAACUGCUGAAUAGAGCUGUUACCAUUGUCUGGUUUUUUUGUGUUUUAAAAAAAUCUUUCCAUCCUUUCUCAUUGUUUAAUCUUAACUGAAUAUUUUUUUGUAAUGAAAACAGAUUUGAAUUCAGCUGAUGUACUAGCUACAAUUGUGAAUUGUCAGUUGUCAAACAUGGAUAUUUAACAAAUUUUAAAGCAUUGUAUAUGAAGAUGAAUAAACAGUUCCAUUCUAAUGACUGGUUAAAAAAAGA